UCAUACUGGGAGUUAAGUAGGGAUCACACUGGGAUGGACUGGGUCAUACUGGAGGAUGCAGGGGAUCACACUGGGGUGGACUGGCCAUACUGGGAUAGACUGGGUUGUACUGGGAGUUAAGCAGGGAUCACACUGGGAUAGACUGGGUCAUACUGGGAUAGACUGGGGUCAUACUGGGAGUUAAACAGGGAUCACACUGGGAUAGAUGGGGCCAUACUGGGAUAUACGGGGCUGUACUGGAUUAGACGGGGCUGUACUGGGACUUAAGCAGGGAUCACACUGGAAUGGACUGGGUCAUACUGGGGAAUGCAGGGGAUCACACUGGGAUAGACGGGGCCGUACUGGGAUAGACGGGGCCAUACUGGGAUAUACGGGGCUGUACUGGGAGUUAAGCAGGGAUCACACUGGUCCAAACUGGGCGCAGACUGGAGCGACACUGGGCCGCAGCUGGCGUUACCCCGAGGCCAAAGCGGGCUCUUAAGGAGAUACUGGGCUUAUACUGGGAUCACAAACUGGGCGCAGACCUGGGGGGGCGGCCCCGGGGGCGGGGCCGGAUGCCUGGGUCCCCGGCCGUGCCUCAGUUUCCCCUUCCGCCACCAUGGAGCCGGGGCCAGCCGCUCGUCGCCCCCCGCGACCCCAGCUGGACUUCGAGCUGCUGCUGCAGCGCCUGGGGGGGGGCACCUACGGGGACGUCUACAAGGCCCGCAGCAAGGCCACGGGUGCACCCGCCGCCAUCAAGGUCGUCAAGAUGGACGCAGCCUCUGCCCCCCCAGCUGACGACCGGGCGGCGCUGCAGCAGGAGAUCCUGAUGGUGCGCUCCUGCCAGCACCCCAACAUCAUCGCCUACUACGGCAGCUACAGCUGGUGCAACAAGCUGUGGAUCUGCAUGGAGCUGUGCGGGGGGGGGGUCCCUGCAGGACAUCUACCACGUGACAGGGCCCCUCUCGGAGCUGCAAAUCGCUUAUAUCUGCAGGGAGACGCUGGAGGGACUGUCGUACCUGCACUCGCAGGGCAAGAUCCACCGCGACAUCAAGGGAGCGAACAUCCUGAUCAACGACAGCGGGGAGGUGAAGCUGGCGGAUUUUGGGAUCGCGGCGCAGAUCAGCGCGACGUUCGCCCGGCGCAUGUCGUUCAUCGGGACCCCGUACUGGAUGGCCCCCGAGGGUGGCGGCGGUGGAGCUGAAGGGGGGGUACAACGAGCUGUGCGACGUCUGGUCCGUGGGCAUCACGGCCCUGGAGCUGGCGGAGCUGCAGCCCCCCCCUGUUCGACCUGCACACCCUGAGGGUGCUGUUCCUGAUGUCCAAGAGCGGGUACCAGCCCCCCAAGCUGAAGGACAAGGCCAAGUGGUCCCCCCAGUUCCACAACUUCGUCAAAGUGACGCUGACCAAGAACCCCAAGAAACGUCCCAGCGCCGCCAAGCUGCUCAGCCACCAGUUUGUGGCUCAGCCGGGCUGGGGCGGCCGCUGACCCUGGAGCUGCUGGACAAGCUGCGGGACCCCGAGCGGCUGCGGGACCCCCGAGCGGCCGCGGGCGGGAGACCCCGAGGACGAGGAGCCCGAG